UUCGCGAUGAAUUACUUACGCACAGCAUGCGAAAUUGCACGUACAUCGGCUGGUGUAACACGUUCGGUGACGCUGCCAAGAUCACGUAGCACAACCGCUCGGACGCUCUGUUCUCAGAUCGAUCAAAAGCCACAGCAACCGAAAGCUGCUACGGCGGGAUCAGGUGGCAAUGGAUCGACCAUCAGCACACAUACUCACUCACCGAAUGCGCUGGAGAAGCGUAUGCUGGUGUUUGCGAAACGCUACAAAAGCAUCGAGGAAGUUCCUAACUUUGUCAGCCAAGAAAAGAUGGAACGUGUACGCAAUCAGGUGCGAAUCAAGAUCGCCAACUACAUGAUGAUUGCGACCGCGAUAGGAUGCAUCGUGAUGGUGAUCAGCGGCAAGAAGGCACAGGAGCGUGGUGAAUCGGUCGCCAAGAUGAACCUCGACUGGCACAAGGAGUACAACGAGAAGGCACGCGCCGAGGACGAGGCAGCGGUGGCCGUUGAAUCGAAGAAAAAAUAAGCUUCCC